AUGACGAUGUUUAUGAAGCAGAGAAAAGAAGAAGAGUGGGCGAUGAAGCUGGAAGAAAAAGAGGAACUCGAGGAGGCGGUGAAGCGGCUGGCGGAGGAGGUGGAAAUGUGGAAAUGGAGGCACGAGGGGGCCGAACGGAUCAACAAAGUGCUCAAGGAUCAAGUCGACGAGCUCAGCAGCGACAAUCGGGAAUUGAACGGGAAAAUCGAGAAGGAACGGGCGGCGCAUCGGGCAACUAUGCUGGAGCUGCACGAAUUGACGAGAAAACUACGGGAGAUUUAG